AUGUGCCACACCGAACACGUCUACCACACGCCCUGCUCCCACUGGGGCCGCACCCGCUUCGUCGGCGACCCUUGCAUCCGCUCGCGAAUCGUGAACGGCCGACAUACCGGGUGCUCGUAUAUCGAAAGCCUGGGGACGUGCAAUAGCAGCGACUUGUGCCACGAGUGCCAAUACCGGGAGGCGUUGGGGGGCAGCUGGAGGCCGUUUGCGGGGAUUAGCGAUGGCGGGUGGAAGGAGAUUGAGGAGAAGGUGCGGAAGCGGAGUGUGGGGUUGGAGGGGUAUCCGUAUGAUUGUCAGGGGAGGCGACUGUGGUGGUUUGGGAGGAAUAUGCGGAGGUGGUGGGGGGAGAGGUUGAGGUGA